AUGGCUGACCCAAACGGCAAAAAGCGCAAGAGGGCAGCCGACUCGGCUGCAAAGCCGUCAAAAAAGGUUGCCAUCGCAGGCCCUCCUGCAACCGCCAACGUGUCGAAAGUUGUGCGACCCAAGUUCUGUCCUCCCGUGAUUGCCACGACCCCUGGAUUCGAGAUCGGCGAUAAUCUGGUCUUUCACCCGUAUCAGUCGAAAUCCGAGGCUCGAGCGAAGAGCAAACAGCUCAAGACUGCGGUCGACAAGAAGCUGAUGCUGCACUCGACGUCGCAUCACAGCGUUAACUACACUGUCCGAGAGGAUGACCCCCAGCCUGGCUCGAAGCCGCUGCUGAACCAUUUUGUUGGCAUUUACGACCCCAAGACUGGCAAGAUGGAGGUGGUGGAGGCGAAGAAGAUGGUGAUGCGCGGCGCCGUGCGGGCCAAACAGGCUUCCGCGGACGCGAUGGAGGAGAAGGACACUAAGCAGAGCAUGAUGGAACUCAAGACCGACCUGGGCCAAACAUUCGGAACGAAAAAGGCCAGAAAGGUCAUCAACGAGCGUGUGCUCAACGCGAUUUCACCACAAAAGAAGCCUGGCGACAAGCCGGCCGAGAUUGACGACGCCUCGCGCGCCAUGCUCCAUUCAGUCGGCAAGGUUGCCGCCGAGAUGGCAAGCCGCGAGCAGCUGCAAGCUGUCGUGGACGACGCCAAGCCUCUGCCGCCCGUCAACGUCGAUGCCGAGGAGAUUCAGGACGCCUACGAUCCUGAAGCCGUCGUCGGCGCCGAGAUCCUCAACAUGGUGCCCAUCCGCGAGUGGCAAGAAAAGGUGCGUCACAAGGAGGGCGUGCAGACCAACUCCAAGUUCGUCGCCAUGCGCGUCAACGCCAUUGCCAGCAACACCUCGGCGGCGGCCGAACAGCGCCUGCGCGUGCUGCGCUACCUCGGCUUCGUCGUGACCUUUUACCGCAGCACCAAGCCCGGCCGCCAAAAGGGCACGCGGUCCGUCCCGCCGCGCGACAAGCUGCGCGAGGUGCUCGCCCCGGCGCCCGAGGCCGUGAUCGAGAACAUCCGGCGCAAGUUCUCCGAGGCGGGCGAGAUGCGCAAGUUUCACAUUGACCUGCUGACGACGCACCUCUGCGUGUUUGCGUGCAUCGCCGACAACUUUGAGGUAGACACGCAGGACCUGCGCUACGACCUGCACCUCGACGACAAGUCGAUGAACCAGUACUUUCGCGAGAUUGGCGCCCGCGUCAAGCCCGUCUCUAGAAAGGCCGAGGGAGUCGUGACGUCGAUUGCGCGCCUGAUUCUGCCGCUCGACUUCCCCAAGCAGAGACACAUUGCGCCGCGCAGAAAGUAG